GCCCCGACGAUCGCACGUGACACAACAGCGUGAAUUGUCACUGUUUGGUAUCGACUGCCGAGGCGCGUUCAACGAAGCUGGGAAACGCUCCAUCUUCGUCUCCGGCUCCUUCGGCGCAGCAGAAAGUCUUUCUCUUCCGACCGCGUUUUUUUUGACUUCCCCCCCCCCCCCACACAUUUAUUGUGUUUUUUUCUAUUUUUUUUUAUUUUUGUUUUACAGCCAGUAUGUUCGGAGCCGUGGUGGUCGGCAUCGGCACAGCCGGUCGGGUGAGGAUCAGGGACAUGUUAGCGCCGCUGCCUGGCAGUCCCGCGGAGCAGCUACGCGUCAGAGGAUUCAUAUCCAGGAGGAGCCUGGACACUGAGCAGGGCGUGAGUCAGAUCUCAGUGGAGGAGGCGGUGAGCAGAGAAGACGUUCACGUGGCGUUCAUCUGCACCGACAAUGUGCAACAUGAGGACAGUGUCAGAACUUUUCUGCAGGCAGGGAAACACGUCUGUGUCGAGUAUCCGAUGACCACGAACUACAAGGCUGCUGUGGAGCUGUGGGCUUUGGCCCAGGAAAAAGGAGUGGUUCUCCAUGAGGAGCACAUAGAGCUGCUAACGGAAGACUACAAAGGAUUGAAGAGAGAGGUGGAGGGAAAAACCUUGCAGGAGGGUUCCCUUCAUUUUACAGGCGGAGUUGUGAAGCCUGGAUUUGGUUUCCCGGCAUUCAGCGGCAUUGCUCGCCUCACCUGGUUGGUGGAUUUGUUCGGUGAGCUCUCAGUGAUUUCAGCGACCGUGGAGGACGACGACUCCGGUAACCACAGCAAGAUGACUACAAAGCUAAUGACAUGUGAUAAAAGACCUCUGACGUGGAUUGAGGAGCGGGGACCGGGCCUCCCCAGGGCCAAGAACAUCAACUUUCAGUUUGACUCCUGCACCCUGACCCAGAUCCCCCCUGCACCCAGAGGGGCUGUGGGCCUCUUCAUGCAAGACCUGAUCCACUUCUCUGCCAAGCUGGUGGACCAAGUGAGUCCCGAGGAGAUCCAGAGAGAGAGAGUCCGAAUCCUGCACUGCCUUGAGCUGGCAGAGAAGAUUCAACGACUUUGCCAAAGUUAAACGGGGACGUUGGAGUUUAGGAUGAUCAUAAACCUUGAUCUUAAUGGAACGCAAAUAUUAAUCACCAUCCCCUUAAGGUUUUGUAUUGUAAAAACUUGCUAUUACCUACGUUAGAUUAUUAUAGUUAGAAAGGUGAGUCAUAGAUCAAAGGCAUGUUUAGACAUGGGUGCGUGAAACCAGAAUAUCAUGACUAGAUGUACAGUGCCGUGUAGAGCAGGUCUCCAGCCUCAGCUGCACUCGUUCCAUCUAGACACACUGCCUUAUAUUCAUGGUUGUUGUUUUUUUGUUUUCCAGUGAGCAUUGCUUGUACAUUAUAAAUAAAAAAAAAACUGCAACACUA